AUGCCACAUUCUUCUUCACUGUCCGAGAAACAUGCUUCUUUAAAAGAAAAGCAAGGUUCGCCUUCUUAUGUGUUCAGCGACAAUGUUGCCGCCAAAAUUGCAGCCAAAGUAAUAGAGAACCGUACAAAUCCUUCUACACCAAUUAUAGAAUAUAAUCCAGGUCCUGCUCUGCUGACUAGAAAACUUUUCAAACUUGGUGCUCGACAAAUUAUUGGAAUUGAAAGGAAAAAAGAGUUUUUACCUUAUUUAAAAAAUGUCCAAGAAACUUUUGGUCGGGAUAAAUUUGUUUUCUACAACUGGGAUCCUUUCAUGGGAAACUUGACUGAUAUGAGAAAAAUGGAUAAACUUCAUCAAAAUGAAAUGAAGAGUUUUCACAAUAUAAAGUCCCAACAAUGGGCCAAUGAUCCUUAUGCAAGUAUUGUUGGAAUCUUAAACCCUUUAAAAUCCCAAGUAUUCCUUAACCUUCUGCAAAUCUUCCUUGGUAGUAAAGAAAGUCUAUACAGUUAUGGUCGACCUGAGAUGUUUCUUCUUGUUCCUGUUAAAAAUUAUCGUUUGAUGAUUGUGAAAGAUCCAACCCAGGAAUUAUGGACUUAUGGCAGGGUCAGCAGUAUCUGGAAUUUGUUUUUUGACAUUGAGACAUUACUGGAGAUUCACAAGUCUGAUGUUUUCCCACCUUUUCCAGCCAAGAGACAUCUUCGAUGUGAAUCAAAAGCUUUUGGAACAGUAAAUAAAGAUUCUCUCUAUCUUGUCAAAAUUAUUCCAAAAAAAUACUUGAAUCCAGUUACCAACUGUUCUGAAGAAUAUUCCAGAUUUUUUACUUUCUUGAGUCAAAUUACAAAGAACAAAAGUCAUCGAUUAAUACCAAAACUGGAAAGUUGGAUUCCUGGUUCUGGUUUACACCUGAUACGAAUGGGUUUUAAUAUGUUACAUGUGACAGGUGACAUUCUUCCACACAAAUACCUGGAGAUGUACCAAGAACUAAGGAAUUUGCCUGAAUUCAAAGGAUCUAGUUUAGAUGCCAUAUUAUUUUCACCGUCCACAGACAAUGAAAGCCGUAGCAGUAAGAACAUUGACCAAGCUAACCAGACUGAUCACUUGCCACUUGAUUAA